ACCAGAUUUUCGUUAAGCUUGGACUUUACAGAGAUUGAUUUAUCAAUGUGUCAGACUAUAAUGCCACAAAGUCAUAGUCAUAUAGCUGGUUCAAUCUCUACGUAUUUGAUAUUAUUAAUCUAAUCUGUGGGUAUUUCCUCUGGGCAUGUUCUUCAAUAAUGAAUUAAGAUUUCCAUUGGCUUAUCAAGCAGCAGAUCCUUUGAUAUAAAAGCAAGCAAGCACAGUUGUGGCUGAACUUGUUUUCUGAUUAGUUAGCAGCCAGCUGGCAGACAGAACGGAACAGAAAGUCGCAAUGAAAGCGGGCAGCAGCCUUGUGGCACUCUUGAUCUUGGGCCUGUGUGGGUUGGGCCAGAGCCAGCGCAUUGAGGAUAUAUGCACGCUCUUCUCGAAUAAUACGGUUAUACGUGAUCCGGAGUCGUGCAGUCGUUCGAUAACCUGCAUCGAUGGCAAAAGCGUCUAUAGCACCUGCAAGGGCACCACGCCGUUCUUCGACAAGGAUACGCUGAAGUGCGUCAAGACGCUGGACGGAUCAGAUAGUUGUGAUGUAACCUGUGCGAAUGCGACUGGCCUAUUUAUAUCAGAUCCAAAGUCAUGCUUCGGCUACUAUUAUUGCAUGGAUGAGGAAACGCCCGUUUAUGGCGCCUGCCCGGACUCUACGCACUUCAAUGAGACCAUACAGGAGUGCACCUGGAGUCAUGCCUCCGAGUGCAAGGCGAGCAGCUUUGACUACUGCAGCAUCAUCAAGAACGGUGUCAACUUUGACAAUCUGCAGGGCUGUAAUCGGUAUCAUGUGUGCACUAAGGGCGAACUGAAGGAUGAGACCUGCAAGACGGGCUACUAUCAGGCCAGAACUGGAACAUGUGUGGACAAGAAUCUAGUCGAAUGUGAUGUGCAUCCCUUACCCAGCAAUGUGUGCGGCACAGCGAAGAGUCCCAAAAAGAAUGAAUUGGUGCCAGAUGGUGCCACCUGCCAGGGUUAUUUCUUUUGCGCCGAACAGGCCAAUGGCACACCCGAUGAGAAUCCAACGUGGGGCAAAUGCGGCGAUGAUUUGUUCUUUGACAAGAGCUCACAGAAGUGCAUUGAGCCCAACAAGGUGGUCUGCUCGGAGGAUCGCUGCCAGGGGCGCACCAUUCCCUUCGUUUUGAGCUCCACCAAGGGCUGUCGCCACUAUUUGCGCUGUGCCGAUGGUCGCACCAUUGACGAGAAGACCUGCGGUAAUUAUUUUUUCGAUGAAGCCAACGCCGUUUGUGUGGCUCAGAUUUUAACCUAUGCCAUAUGCUAGUUAUACCAGUUAUCGGCAUUAUGAAAUAGAUCUUAUUUUCAAGAGCAUAUUUUUUUGAACUCUUUUAAAAGAUUAUUAAUUAUAAAGCGGAAGCUUAAAAGAGUUUUAUAAGCGAAACAUUGAAGAUUGCCAAAUAAUUAAGCAUUUAAUGUUUUUCUUAGAAUUCCCAAAGAGUUUUAGCUGGCAGGAUUAUAAGCACUUGAUAUUUUUUAAGUUUAAGUCUUAGGAAAUUAAAUACAUUUCGUUGAAAUGAUUUACAAAACCGUUUGACUUUCUAGAAUUCACAGGUUUAUAGAAAGCAAUAAAAAUUUUGCUUGACUUAAUCGACCACAAUAAUCUUAGCUAUUUAGGAUUAUCUAAUCGUGGUCUCACAAUGCAAACAAUAAGCCCUCAUAUAUCAUAUGGCGGCCCAACACUUUGUUUAGUUAAGAAAUCAAAAGCCUCGCAGCAAAUUAUUGUAAACGUCUGAAAUGUUUAUGGGCCCAAUUGCAGAUAUGAUCCGCUGCUUGUUAUUAAUUAUUUUGAUAGAACAAUUAAUUAGCUACAUAUUACUGUAGUGAUUGAUAAGUAUCUUAUCUAAAAUAGGAUCUUCAGGUAAAACCUUGGGCGUACAUUUAGAUUUAGACUAAAGUUUUUUAUACACAAGCAAGGCAUAUUGAUAGCUCUGUUGAUAGACAAUCUGGCAGUUCUUAAUCGCAAUUUUAAGAUGUAUAAAUAAAAAUUAAUAAUCGA